ACUUCAUGUGGCGCCAUGUUCGAAGAAUCCGACUCGGUCGUGGAGAAGCUCAUCGAGGGAGUUCGUCUUCACCCAUGUGUUUACGACACGAGGAAGCUCGAAUACCGCGACACGGCCAGGAAAGACAAUGCUUGGGAGGCCAUCCGGGAGCUGUGCGGUCUCCCCACAGUUGGAGACUGCCAAAAACUGUGGAAGAGGCUGCGUGACCGCUUCACGCGUGAAACCAGGGCCCUAGAACUCACGAAGCGAAGCGGCAGCGGGUUCGUCGCCAGGCACACCUGGGAAUUCAUGCAGGCCAUGGAAUUUUAUAAAAACUGUGGCCGUCCUAAAAAAACGGCGUGCAACCUGGACACAAGACCACUAGCAAUGGACGCCGACGGGGAUGUCGCGGCAGAAGACCUUUUUCAUUUGAUCCAGAGUGGCGCACCGUCGCCUUCUGAGGACAACUGCACUGAUUUGGAGCAGAUGGAACAGCUGCUCUACCAGCUGGACAAGAAAAUGACGGAAAAUGAGGCUUUUGGCAUGUCCAUUGGUAUGAGCCUGGACAGGUUGUUUAGGCCUGACGCAGCAAAGUGCAAGGCACAAAUAAUGGACAUCAUUGCAGAAUAUGACAACUAA